AUGAGGAUUCGGGAGCUCCGGGAUGGGCUGGAGGUGGAGGACGACGAGCGGGAGCAGGAGGGAUCGUGGGGUGGCGGCGGCGACGGGGAGGUGGUCGCGUUUGUGCGACUGCGGGCGAAGCGCGCGCUCGUCGGCGCCGGCGCGAGGGUCCUGUUCUAUCCGACGCUUCUCUACAACGUGCUCCGCAACCGGUUCGAUGGCGAGUUCCGCUGGUGGGAUCGCGUCGACAAGUAUGUUUUGUUAGGUGCUGUUCCGUUCUCUAGCGAUGUUCUGCGCCUGAAGCAACUUGGUGUAAGAGGAGUUGUUACACUCAAUGAACCCUAUGAGACUCUGGUUCCAACAUCCCUAUACCAGGCUCAUGGAAUCAAUCAUCUCGAAAUUCCCACAAGGGACUACCUGUUUGCCCCCUCCCUAGAGCAUAUUUGUCGGGCAGUGGAUUUUAUCCAUUGUAAUGAAAUGCAAGGUGGUAGCACCUAUGUCCACUGUAAGGCCGGAAGGGGACGCAGCACCACUAUAGUUUUGUGUUUUUUGAUCAAGUACAGAAAUAUGACUCCUCAAGCAGCUUUGGAUCAUGCAAGGCUGUUAAAAUGUUCAGUGAGCUCAACAGGAGAUGCCAUUCCAUACAGAGCUCGAACCCAACCUGCUCAGCAGUUUCUUAUGAGGAAUCCAGUGAACUGUCGAGCACGCGGGCAGCAGAUGUCUUUCAAUUCAGAGCUCAAAUGA